UACUAUGACAAAUAGCUGUGCUUGGGGACAUUAGAGCGUUGUAUUUUUUCUUUGUCGUCUGUAACAUUCCCAAAAAACCGUUUAAGAUGUUACAAAUCGGCGUGUGUGUCGUAACUGACUAGUCGUAAACCCGGGUGAAGUCUGCUGCUGUUUAUUUAGCAACCAGUUGGAGGCGUCGGCAUCACGUCCUGCUUCCCGUGUCAAACUGUACAGUUCAAGGCUUGACAUUGCGAAGAUGGAGGCUGUUGGGGUCUAAACCAAAGCCAGAAGCUGGAGCAUAAACUGCGCGUUUCUGAGACCUGUUAUGAAAACCUCAUUUGGUCCAGGUGUGGGAAUGAGGUGCGAGUAGAAGCGCAGCAGACCUCGGUACCAUGUACUCAGAGUGGCGCUCGCUGCAGCUGGUAGUGCAAAGCGACAAGGGCCAUCUCAGUGUUCUGCAUUCUUAUCCCACCAAUGUGGGCACCGAAGUGGCCAAUGCUGUGGUCAAGCCGCUCUGCACAGCUGUCAGCCCCGUAGCCACGGAGAACAUCCUCAUGACUGACAAAGAGGUGAAGUGGACCAUGGAGGUCCUGUGUUAUGGCCUCACCCUUCCCCUAGAGGGCGACACUGUCAAGCUUUGUGUGGACGUAUACACAGACUGGAUGAUGGCACUUGUGUCGCCCAGAGACUCGAUGCCUCACCCUGUGGUCAAAGAGCCCAAUAUGUACGUGCAGACCAUCCUAAAACAUCUCCACAAUGUCUUCGUACCAAGGCCUGAGCAGCACAGCCUGAAUCAUAUUAGGCUUUGCCAGCAGGUUCUAACUGCCGUCCAAAAAUUGGCACGAGAAUCUCUUUGCAUGGUGAGGGAGACCUGGGAGGUGCUGCUACUCUUCCUGCUUCGCAUCAAUGACACCUUGCUUGCUCCGCCUACAGUCGGAGUGGGUGUGGCAGAGAAACUAGCAGAGAAAUUAAUGGCCGUGCUGUUUGAGGUGUGGCUCUUGGCGUGUGCCCGCUGCUUUCCCACUCCGCCGUACUGGAAGACGGCAAGGGAGAUGCUGGCCAACUGGAGGCAUCAUCCGCCGGUUGUAGAGCAGUGGAGCCGGGUAGCCUGUGCCCUGACAUCCAGACUUCUGCGCUUCACCCACGGACCUUCCUUCCCAGCUUUUAAAGUUCCUGAUGAGGAUGCCAUUCUAAUCCCUUUAGAGAUGGACAAUGACUGUGUGGCACAGGCAUGGUAUCGUUUUCUACACAUGCUCAGCAACCCGGUGGACCUGAGCAACCCAGCGAUAGUGAGCACUACUCCAAAGUUUCAAGAACAAUUUCUUAACUCCAGCAGCAUCCCACACGAGGUGGUGCUGCAUCCCUGUCUCAAACAACUUCCUCAGAUUUUCUUCAGGGCCAUGAGGGGUGUUAGCUGCCUUGUGGAUGCCUUCCUUGGUAUAUCCCGUCCUCGAGCUGACAGUGCGCCACCGACUCCAGUCAACAGAAUAAGCAUGUCUCCUCCCCCUUCCAUUGCCAACACCACGCCCCCUCACAGCCGUAAGCAGAGGCACACGGUUGUCACCAAAACCACAAGCAAGAGUUCUACUGGCAGUGGGACGCAACCAACAAAAGCGUCCCAGCAACAACAACAGCAGCAGCAACAAACUUCUUCGUCUCCGACCCUGUUGUCCAGCCCAAACCAGAGUAGUUGGGAGUCACGACCGCUUCCUGCUCCGGCACGGCCAAAGGUCAACAGCAUCCUCAACCUGUUUGGCCAGUGGUUGUUUGACGCUGCAUUGGUCCACUGUAAGCUCCACAGCGGCCUUAGUCGAGAUCCCAGCAUGACUGCAAUAGCAACACAAGUAGGCAUGGAGAUGAGAAGGAAAGGUUCCCAAAUGUCAACUGACUCAAUGGUGUCCAACCCCAUGUUUGAUGCAAACGAGUUCCCAGAGAGUUAUGAGGCUGGACGUGCUGAGGCUUGUGGGACAUUGUGCCGUAUCUUCUGUAGCAAGAAAACUGGUGAAGAAAUUCUACCUGUUUACCUCUCCAGGUUCUACAUGGUGCUGAUUCAAGGUCUCCAGAUCUCUGAUUUCAUCUGUAGACCCGUCUUGGCCUCCAUCAUUCUUAACUCUUCCUCUCUCUUCUGUACUGACCUGAAGGGCAUCAAUGUGGUUGUACCGUACUUCAUAGCAGCUUUGGAGACUAUUGUACCAGACAGGGAGCUAUCCAAAUUCAAGAUUUAUGUUAAUCCCACUGAUCUGAGGAGAGCCUCCAUCAACAUUCUACUAUCCAUGCUGCCGUUGCCACAUCACUUUGGCAACAUAAAAUCAGAGGUUCUUUUGGAGGGCAAGUUUAAUGAGGAGGAUGGAUUGCCUCACGACCAGCCUGUGUCUUUUUUGUCCCUGAGGCUGCGUCUCGUCAAUAUUUUGAUUGGAGCCCUGCAGACGGAGACUGACCCCACCAACACACAGCUCAUAUUGGGUGCAAUGCUAAAUAUCGUUCAAGACUCUGCACUGUUGGAGUCCAUAGGUGCACAGACUGAAACAGGUAGCGUAGAUGGCAGUCAUGUGACCGGGAGAAGCCAGAGUCACAGUAGAACCAACAGUGGCAUUAGCUUCAGCAGUGGGGGAAGCACAGAGGCCACCAGUCCUGAUUUUGAGCGUCCUCCCCAAUCCCUGCUUCGUGACUAUGUUCUUCCAGAUACAGCGGCAGGAUUGUUGGUGCGUAGCAUCCAUCUGGUCACUCAGAGGCUCAAUUCCCAGUGGAGGCAAGACAUGAGCAUUUCACUAGCUGCCCUGGAACUUCUAGCUGGUCUUGCCAAGGUCAAGGUGGGGGUUGACUCUGCAGACCGAAAACGGGCUGUCAGCUCAAUAUGUGGGUACAUUGUCUAUCAGUGUAGCCGUCCAGCUCCUCUUCAGUCCAGGGACCUUCAUUCAAUGAUUGUAGCUGCUUUCCAGUUUCUUUGUGUGUGGCUCACUGAACAUCCUGACAUGCUGGAUGAAAAGGAUUGUUUGGUUGAAGUGCUGGAGAUAGUGGAGCUAGGAAUCUCUGGCAGCAAGUCCCGACAGGAACAGGAAGUGCGACACAAAGGGGAGAAGGAGCAUAACCCUGCAUCUAUGAGAGUGAAAGAUGCAGCCGAGGCCACUCUAUCGUGUAUCAUGCAGGUCUUGGGAGCUUUCCCCUCGCCGAGUGGACCUGCGUCAACUUGCAGUCUACUCAACGAAGACACCCUGAUUCGCUAUGCCAGACUCAGCGCCACCGGGGCCAGUAAUUUCCGCUACUUUGUCUUGGACAACUCUGUUAUUCUCGCCAUGCUGGAGCAACCUCUCGGCAAUGAGCAGAACCCUAGCCCGUCAGUGACAGUUCUGAUCAGAGGGACUGCUGGCAGACAUGCUUGGACCAUGCAGCUCUUUCACCAACCCAGGAGGGCUCGGGCCAAUCAAAGGCAGGUAUUUGUUGCCGAGGGCCGUCCAACACCAAACAACGAUGUGGGGAUCAAGUACAAUGUCAAACAAAGGCCAUUCCCCGAAGAGGUGGAUAAGAUCCCCCUUGUCAAAGCCGAUGUUAGUAUUCCCGACCUGGACGACAUUGUCAGCAAAGAGGAUGAUCAGAGUUAUUUCCCACACCUGGAAGUUCAACAUGACAAGCUUCGCAUUCUGAUGACCAAGCAGAUCGAUUAUGAGAACACGUUGGAGCGGCACAGUGAGGACAUCUGGAAGUCCAAGCCUUUCCCUGACCCACAGAUAGACUGCAAACCUCCUCCACCUUCCCAAGAGUUCCAGACAGCUCGACUUUUCCUCUCCCACUUUGGUUUUCUUUCUCUGGAGGCGCUAAAGGAGCCAAACAACAGUCGUCUACCUCCUCAUCUGAUUGGCUUGGAGUCAUCCUCACCGGGAUUCUUUGAUGACAUCAACUACCUAGAUCUGCUCCCCUGCCGUCCGUUUGACACAGUCUUUAUUUUCUACAUGAGGGCAGGACAGAAAAGCAGCCACGAGAUCCUGAGGAAUGUGGAGUCAUCAGCCAGCGUUCAGCCCCACUUUGUGGAGUUCCUUCUGUCCUUAGGCUGGCCUGUGGACGUAGGAAGCCACCCAGGGUGGACAGGGCACCUUGAUACUAGCUGGUCUCUCAACCCAUGUGUUGACAACGAUGUACAACAGUCUGACGAAGCAGCUACAGCUGAGGACAUGGGAGGCUCAUUGUUUAAUGGGGAGAAGAAAGUUUUGUACUACGCCGAUGCUCUGACUGAAAUUGCCUUUGUAGUUCCGACACUAAGUGAAAAUUCUGAGGCGUUAUCAAUCCAUGGUGACUCCACACUGGAGGCUGACACGAACAUAGACCUCAUGCCCAGUAUACUCAAGCACCCCAACCUCACACUGGAGCUGUUCCCUAAUCACUCUGACAACCUGGAGUCUGCCAAAAAGGUGAGUCCUUUGGUGAAGACCAAGAGAUCUUCGAGUGGAAAAUCUUUCCCACCACUGGGCCCAGAGACAAAGGUGUUUGUUGUCUGGGUGGAGCGCUUCGAUGACAUCGAAAACUUCCCAUUGUCUGAUCUUCUUGGUGAAACCAGUACUGGUUUAGAAGCAAGCAUGAGUAACAGCACCUCCUGCAGAUCAGGGUUACUUGAGAAAGACGUUCCACUGAUCUUCAUCCAUCCACUAAAGACUGGCCUCUUUCGGAUCCGUCUGCACGGAGCUGUGGGCAAAUUUAGCAUGGUGAUCCCUUUGGUGGACGGCAUGGUGGUCAGCCGCAGGGCAUUAGGGUUUCUGGUACGUCAAACCAUCAUCAACGUUUGCCGACGUAAACGCCUCGAAAGUGACUCAUACAACCCGCCACAUGUGAGGCGGAAGCAGAGAAUCACAGAGAUUGUGCAGCGUUACCGCAACAAGCAACUGGAACCCGAAUUUUACACUUCCCUCUUCCACGAGGUUGGGGAGGGAAAGCCUCACCUCUAACACAACCCUUUCCCUGUCCUGUCUUCACACUGGCUCACAAGUGCACACAAAACACACACUUAUGCUAAACACGCAUACGUCAAUGACAGCGCAGAAUCUUUAUAUUUAUACUGUUCGUUAUUUAUACGAAUCCAUAUAUAUCCACACUGUCUGACUUUGAAUCUGAGAGUAAAGUGUUUUGAAAAAGGCUUCAUUUCUGAGGUCACAACAACUCAUUGGUGAUUUGAACAGCCGUGACUGUCUCACUUGGGUGUUUACAUGUGACCUUUUUAUAACUGGACAAAAAUUGAGGCCUUUUGGUGUUUGAGCCUGAAAAGCUAACAUUAAUAUACCUAAAGUGAAAAUUACUCAAAAUAACAGUUACUGUUUCAAAGUAAGUACUGAAAACUUUAGUGUGUGAAAGCGUAGUACUGUACAUGCACUUUUGUUUGUGUGCAGUCUGGGUGGGUAUCACAAGUAUGUGAUUCAUACUCGGGUUAGGAAUCGCAGAUACUUGCUAUACAAUCCUUUGACAACAUUUUGCAAAGUGAGUUUAGUUAUGUUAAAGUGGAUGAAAGCAAUGUGAGAUGCAUCACUCUCUUGGUAAGUGAAGGAUGGGAAACAUCCACCAAUGUAGAUAUUUGAUGCUGGUGUAACAUUAUUGUAAGUGAUAAUGACACAAUAAUCUGUCACAUCAGUAGUUUAUUCCACAACUAGAUCCAGUUCAAGAAGAUUCGUCAAAACAAUAGAAAAUACCGUAUUAUGCAUGCCAGGCCAGUGACAAUGUUACAACAACUGCUUGUCCUUAGGUUGGCAUGUACAGUUAUGUGAACAGACUUUAGUAUGCAAGGAGACGUCAAUGGACACUAGUGAUCUUAUCUUUGAGCUAAGUUUUUUUUACUCAAGUAUUAUUCCACCAUUGUUGUGAUGUCCUUCAUUUAUACAAACUGUUGAGCACUUCAGUUCCUCAUUCUACAGGGUUUACAAACGUCAGCUGUUUUCCUCGAUUACGCUUUUUACAAAAUAUAUAUAUUUUACAUUUUCAGGUUCAAAAACAAAAACCCCCUCAAAAAAUAUUUUCAGCUAAAACGGUCAGGUGUAAACUGCCCUUUCGAUUUCUCCUUUUGCUUCCAAAAGAAUCCCUUCUUCUUGUCCUGAAACACUGUCAGCUUUCCUAGGAUCGUAUAAAUGUACUUUGCAGUUGCAACGAGGCGAUUUUCGUGUUUUUCGCACACAUUUGUGUCCGAAUCCAUAUUUCCACAGACAAGUGGUGGAAUUUGGAAGCAUGAAAUGUUACAAAUCGACUCACAUGUCAUCUACUCGACAUAGCGUCACCUGCUCAAGUCUUCCUCGUGCACACUGGUGGCCAUGGCAGCAGCUCACUGGCACACGCAUGUGUUUUUAAAUAUCGCUAUUAAGGGGUUGGGGCGGGGUGAGGGUGUCAUCCAUGUUCUUUUACUGUAUGGAGAUUGCAUUUUAUACCUGCCUAAACUGUCCUGUUUCACAAGCCACUGCUGCGUGUGUGACUUCUGCGUGUGUGUAUGUUUGUCCAACUAAGUUAGUGGCCCCCCAAUCCCCCACCAAACACCCUGUCAAAGGCAUUUAAAGAUGACACUGUCACUUAUGAAAUAAUAUAAUCCUCUUUGAAAUGUGACUGCAAUGAACAGUGAAAGUGAAAAUUUGAAGUCCAUUAAAAAAUUUUUUGGGGAUCAUAGAAUUGGGAGAAAAAAAGUCAAAAUAUUCAACAAAUGAUGUAACUUUGCACUCAUUUACGAGCGCAAACAACUGCAAUUUUAUGGAGAAAAGGCAAUAAUUUUGUUUUUUUGCCAUGAAACUCCUGAGACUUAGAGAUAAGUCAAAGAUUUGCAAUAGUUUUGUUUAAUCUACUGAAAACAGAGAUUGCCCUGUGUAAAGCUGUUAUAUAUCUUGUCAACUUUAAGCAGCAAUGAUAAGCUGUGUUUUUAACAAUGACACAAGCACAUAUCCAACAAAUAUACUAAGACAGGUCUUCAGAAAGACACAAUGCCUCUGAAUUUUGUGUUCAUGAUUGUCUAAGAAUUUUGGAAUUCACUCGUAAUAUGACGAUUUUUGAUAUUUUGACUUGGAACCCUAGAUCUAUUUCACUAAGCGUCCUAAAUUGAAUUGAACUGAACCACUGCAGUUUAAGUGUCAUACUUAUUCAAACAUGUCUGUGGUGAUGCAUUUAUUGGCUCAAAGCAUCACUGCACUAUUUAUAUGCAAAUUGAACUUUCAAACUUUGGCUGGCUUAUCUAAAAAAAAAAAAAAAAACGUUUUUACAUUAUAAUCAUAGAGGAAGUGUACUUAAAUUGACCCAUUUAUAUUGUGUUUAAUGGAAAGACAGUUGUGAAGUUUUUUCCACAAGGUAACUGCCACAAUUCUUUUUGUUCAGUCACUGUAAUUUUCGUUCAAGGGCCCUCUCACUGUCUUGUAACAAUGUGAAUUUAUUUAUCACACACGUGGAACACGGCAAGUCCAUUUUGUUCUGUUUGGUUUGGAAAGUCUCAAUGCACUGAAUAGAAUGUUUUAUUUACUUCUUUUAGUUACCUUUUUUUUAACCUUCGUUGGGAAAGUGCAUUUGUAAAGAGAACCCUGCUGAAGGAAAUGUUUUAUCGUGUGAAAAUGUAAAUGACGGUGCGCCAUGGACUUUGUAAUUCAACACAUUUAGUUGUGUGUGAGACGCUUUUUACUACGGUGCUUUGUGCACAUGCCUUUUAUUGGAAGGAGAAAAGAAACCCUUUCAAAUCUACUUGGAGCGAAGUCCACAUACAAUCAAGACGUCCCACCUUGUAUCCUGUUACUACUUCACUGUUUGAUCAUAUUUAAGGACUUUUAUGCCGUGUACAUACGUAAUGAAGGAUGAAUUGUAAAUAUAUUAUAGAAGAAGGCAUUCACAAAUUGUCUGCGUUUCUCACUUCAGAUGGGGAGACAGGUUGUUUUCGUUUGUUUUGUGUGCGUGCGUGGGAGGAGUGGCAAAUGUAACAUACAUCCAUUAAAGCUACUAUUGAUAUUUUUA